AAAAAACAAGAAUCGAGUGCAAAGAAAUCAAUUCGUUUACACUAGCUCGUGAAAAAGAUAUUGGAUAUUAGUGAAUUGGUUGCUAUGACGUUUAUUAGUGUUUUUCAGCGGGCAGUUUAGAAAUGGAUUUGGUCACUGCAAAUGGACUUAAGAUCAAAAAAGCGGAUCUUGAUUUAUAUAACAAAAUAAGGAAGGAAGUUGAAAAAGAAUUUCUGGCCAAACCUGAAACUGUGGAUUAUAGAUCAGUAACAAAAGUUGAUUUUCAUCAACAUGUACUUCAGCCACACCCGAAGCCCGAACCAAUGCUUCGUGAAAUGGUUCUAGAACAACCGGUUACAUUUUGGACAGAAUACCGAGAUAAAAUGCAUGGUAUGACUCAUUGCAGUACAAAUCGUACCACUCCAUUCGGACGUAAUGCAGCUUUUACAACACCAAUUGAUCAAUAUUUGAAUAGUCGAAUGCCAUGUGAAACACAAGUAUAUUCACGUUGAAAGAAGGAAUUAUCACAAAAAGUUGAAUAAGAAAAUUACCUAAAUUUAUCUAUAAUUAAAAAAAUAACAAUGCAUUAUAAUAUGUUUCAUGUAACGAUGAUUAGGAAAAAUUUAUUUAAAAAAAUAUUUUAUUUUUAGGUAACUAAUUAUAUUAUAUUGUAUGUAAUUAUAUACAUGAAUGGAUGCAAUAUAUGAAAUGACAAUGA